AUGAAGUCUUCCGUUCUUCUGGGCCUCUUAUGCGCCGCCGGUGCUCUUGCCUCUCCUUUGGAUAAACGCGUCUACGUGACGGAUGUUGUCGUGGUUACUGUGACCACCACCGUGACGGAUGAGCCAACUGCGGCUCCGACUUCGACUGCGGUAACCUCUGUGGUUGUGACCUCUGAGCCCGUUCAAAAGAUCCCGGCCCCUGCUCCAACUAGCUCGCAGGCUCCUGCUCCUGCUCCUGCGCCGUUGGUGGCUUCUGAGCAGCCAGCUCCUGAGCAACCAGCUCCCGUGGCCGUGAGCAGUUCGUCGACCUCGACCUCGUUCUCUUCAGAAACUACACAGUCGUCGACUGCGUCGGCUUCCAGUUCCGCAUGGACUUUUAGCUCAGCAGCAACCUUUUCACAGACGCUUGCACCUGUACCUGCACCUGCAACGACUCUGUCCACCACCACAGCGGCGCCUGCACCCACUUCUCCCCUAGCCAGCGGUUACCAAUCUCUCAUUCUAUAUAACCACAACAUCCACCGUAGCAACCAUUCGGUCGACUCUCUUACCUGGUCCGCUGACCUCGAGGCAAGCGCCCAGGCGCUUGCGCAGAAAUGCGUUUAUCAACAUGAUACGAGCAUCAACGGUGGUGGAUAUGGUCAGAACAUUGGAUAUGGCAUCAGCGCAGACAACAUCGGUGAGAUGAUCACUAAUCUGAUGUACAACAAUGAGGAGGGCUACUUCAGCCCAUACUAUGGCCAGAGCCAGCCCAGCAUGGCCGAUUUCGACAAAUGGGGACAUUUUACCCAGAUCGUGUGGAAGGGCACCACCCAAGUUGGCUGCGCAACCGUCAUCUGCAACGGCCUGGGCAACGUUGAUUCAUCUUCCCCUCUACCCUUCACCGUCUGCAACUACAGCCCGCCUGGAAACUAUGACGGUGAAUAUGCCGACAACGUUCUCGAGCCACUCGGCCAACCCUUCUACGCCGUUUCUGCUUAA